GUCCUCGUCCUCCACACUGCGGCUGUCAGUUGAGGCUGGCUUCCCUCCCUUCCCCCCGGCAUGGCCCUUCGGGGAACAGGCUCGGUGUUUCCUCCAGUUACAGACGUUUCCCUUAACCAAUAUGGAGGCGGUGGGGGGGGGUCAAUGAGAACACAGGAAGUGUGGGGGAGGGGGAGCAGGGAAGUUAGAUGCCUCCGGCUCUGAGCUGAGAGACAGAGCAGGGGGAGCUCGGAAGUGAAGCUUCUUCCCAUCCACAGGUUAUUAAAGUUUGAAAAAGCACUCACUGCGUUGCGCUAUGGACAGCACAAAGAAAGUUGUUAACACUUCUGAUGAUGGUGGAUUUCUGCUUAGAGUGGGCCUCAAUGAUAACAAGGCUGGAAUGCAAGGACUGGAUAAAGAGAAAAUCAAUAAAAUCAUAAUGGAGGCCACCAAGGGUUCUAGAUUUUAUGAAAAUGAGCUUAAGAAAGAUCAACAAGUCAACCAACGAAUUGAAAAAAUGAUGCAGCUAAAAGAUAAAAUUACCAGCCAACAGCUUCUGAAAGCACAACUACAGGCUGACAAACUUGUGCUGGAGCUAGAGCAGAGCCGUGAUCUCAGCUGCACUAUUGUACACAUUGACAUGGAUGCCUUUUAUGCAGCAGUAGAAAUGAGAGACAAUCCAGAGCUGAAGGAAAAACCCAUAGCUGUGGGAUCGAUGAGUAUGCUGUCCACUUCAAAUUACCAUGCUCGGAGAUUUGGGGUACGUGCAGCCAUGCCUGGAUUUAUUGCUAAGAAACUAUGCCCACAUCUUACUAUAGUGCCAUUAAACUUCAAAAAGUAUGAAGAAGUGAGUAAAGAGGUUAGAGAAAUACUGGUUGAAUAUGAUCCUAGUUUUAUGCCCAUUGGCCUAGAUGAAGCCUACUUGAACAUAACGGAGUACUUAGAGGAAAGACAGAACUGGCCUGAGGAUAAAAGAAGUUACUUCAUCAAAAGAGAAAACACUGCAAAAAAUGGUAAACAAGAUGUAACUGCACCCAAUGAACUAAAGUUGAAUGAAGAUGCACACUCAUCCUCACCAAUAUUGUUUGAAGAUAAUACUUUUAUAACAGAGGAACAGCCAGUUGCUACUUCCCACCUGUACACUGAAGAACAGGGAGAUCAAGAACUGUUGCUAAAUUCAGUGGUCUUUGGAACUUCAGCUGAAGAAGUUGUGAAGGAAAUUCGCUUUCGGAUUGAGCAAAAAACUGGAUUGACUGCCAGUGCAGGAAUUGCUCCAAAUAUGACUUUGGCAAAAAUGUGCAGUGAUCAGAAUAAACCUAAUGGACAGUACAGAAUCUCCCCUGAUAGGCAAUCUGUAAUGGACUUCAUCAAAGAUUUACCCAUUAGAAAGGUGCCUGGUAUAGGAAAAGUAACAGAAAAAAUGCUAAAAGCUCUUGGAAUUCUGACUUGCACUGAACUUUACCAGCAGAGGACACUGCUUUCUCUCCUUUUUUCAGAAACAUCUUGGCAUAAUUUCUUGGAUGUCUCACUUGGUUUGGGUUCAAUGGAUUUGGAAAAGUAUGGAGAAAGAAAAAGUAUGAGCACUGAACGGACAUUCAGUGAAAUUAACACAGUAGAAGAGCAAUACCGCUUGUGUCAAGAACUUUGCAGAGAUCUCGCUCAGGAUCUGCAGAAAGAAGGACUUAAGGGUAAAACCGUUACCUUGAAACUGAAGAAUGUGAAUUUUGAAGUAAAAACAAGAGCUUCCACAGUGCUCUCUGCUGUUUCUACUGAAGAAGAAAUAUUUGCUGUUGCUAAAGAUAUGCUAAGGACAGAAAUUGAUGGUGUUGCCCCUCACCCUUUGCGGCUGAGACUUAUGGGUAUACGAGUAUCAGGGUUUCUAAAUGAAGAAGAAAAGAAAUACCAACAGAGGAGCAUUAUCAAUUUCUUAAAGCCAGGAAAACAAGCAAAUGCUUCUCUGCUUCAGCCAGGGAAAUCCAGCCAUGAACAUUUUACAAAAGCUUCAGAAACAUCUCACAGAGAGAGUUUUUUUGAUAAAAAGCGAGCUGCAAGGCAACAAAGCAACCAGGAGCUUCUUAUAAACAAACCUGCAAACAAGCAGAACUCACAUGAUAUAAAAUCAUCAGUAAAUACUAUGGAAGAAACAAAUGAUGCCAUAGGCUCAGAGAAUUUGAAUGAGUGUCAUAGCCUCACUUGCCCUGUUUGCUUUAAGGAGCAAAGAGACAGCAAUUUAGAAGCACUUAACAGACAUAUUGACAAGUGCCUCAAUGGGACACUGGUAAAAGAUAAUGCAGAAAUAUCAACGAGUGAGAAUUCAUGGGAAAAUGCAUAUCAUUUUUCUCCUGACAAUAAAAAGAAAAUAUUUGAAAUGUGUCAAAAAAAUAAAAUGAACAAAUCAGUGGAUACAGUACAGUUAACAAAAGUAGCUGACAACUCUACUAGCAGUAACACAGAAGCAUUCCAUAAAGUAGUAGCUAAUACUAGCAAGGAAAGAGAGCAUAGUCUGCUUAGUGAAACUGCUAGCAACAUGUACCUAGAACAGAAUUUUUCUUCCAAAAUCAUUUCAUUGGAAAAUGCAGAAUACUUUGAAAAGUCUGAAUGUACACAAGAAACUCAGCCUUCCUACUCCUCUGGAGCCAUCAGAGACAAUGUUCUGGUUUGUCCAGUUUGUAACGUGGAACAAAAAACAACUGACCUUUCAUUGUUCAACAGACAUGUGGAUGUUUGCUUAAAUAAAGGCAUUAUCCAGAAGUUGACAGAGCAAAUAGUUUAUCCAGUUAAGAGUCAAAUUAUGGAAAAUUCAAAGUCAGUUGGAAGCAUGGGCAGAGGACAUCAAUAUAUGAAUCCCACAACAGGAACAAAAAGGCCUGGACUAAUGACACCACAGUCAACACCAAAGAAAGCCAAACCAAUGUUACCACAUGAGAGAGAAUUUCAUCAUGCUGCUAAAAUGAACAAUUUGGAAACCAUGGAGAACUUACUUAGGAAGAAUGUUAACAUUAAUGCUGUAAAUACUCUGCAGCGCACAGCUCUCCAUUUUGCUGUGGCAGGAAAUCAUGUGUCUACUGUGGAUUUUCUUCUCCAUCACAAAGCUAGAGUGGAUGUUGCAGAUAAGCACGGGUUGAUGGCGAUUCAUCUUGCAGCUUGGUCUGGAAACCUAGGCAUAAUGCGAAUGUUAGUUAAAGCAGGUGCUGACCAAAAGGCUACAAACCAGGAGGGAAGGAAUGUCCUGCAUUUUGCAGCUCUGAACAAUAACGUUGACAUAGUGGAUUAUCUUCUCCAGGAACUUCAACUGAAGGACCUAAACAAGCAAGAUGAGAAAGGUAAAAGGGCAUUUCUUCUGGCAGCUGAAAAAGGCCAUGUUGAAAUGAUAUACAGUCUGAUUUCUCUCAAGCUGUUCACCUCUGAAAAAGAUAAGGAGGGAAACACAGCAGUGCAUCUAGCUGCUAAAAAUGGUCACUGUGAGGUGCUAGAAGUUCUGCUAAAUCAAUGGGAAGAAAUAAAUGAACUCAAUCAGAAUGGAGAAACACCAUUUUAUUUGGCUGUUGAAGGAGAUCAUGAAAAAUGUGCUGAGCUGUUACUGGAAGCAGGAAGUGACAUCAACAUUUCAAAUAAACACAAUAGUAAUGCUUUGCACAUUGCAACACGGCAUGGACAUACGUCCUUGGUCAGAUUUCUUAUCAGUAAAAAUAUCAAUCUGGUUCCUAAACCUGAGCAGAAUUCCCCUCUCCAUUUGGCUGUCCUCAAUAAUCACCUUCCGGUAGUAAUUAGCCUCUUGGAUGCUAAUCAUGAUAUAAACACCUUGAAUCAGAAGCAACAAACCCCUCUCCACCUGGCAGCUGAUCUUGGCAAUGUGGAACUUGUGGAACUGCUGCUAAAGGCAGGCUGUGAUCUCAAGAUUGCCGACAAGCAAGGAAAAACUGCGCUGGCUGUCGCAUCCAGGAGCAACCAUGCCCUCGUUGUUGAUAUGAUUAUUAAAGCAGAAAGGCAUUACACCUUGAAACAGGAACAUCUAGAAAACCAUGUUGAUGCACCAGAUUUUAGUCUAGUCUUCAAACAGGAUCACAGUGCACAGACUAAGCAAAUCCGUUACUGCCUCUGGAAUCUGGCUUACAAUCAGUUAAAACCCCAGGAGUGGAAGACACUGGCCUCGUUCUGGAAGUUUACAGAGGAGCAAAUUAAAGCUAUUGAAGAACAGUGGACAGGAAAGAAGAGCUAUAAGGAACAUGGACACCGAAUGCUGCUCAUCUGGUUACAUGGUGUAUUGCUGGCUCACCAGAAUCCAGUCAAAUAUAUAUAUGAAGAUCUGGUGCAUGUAGGAUUUCAACAAGUAGCCGAUAAAAUCAGAGCUGAAAUGAGCCCAGAGAUGGAUUCGAGGAAAUGUGCAGUUUCAUGAACUCUUUAAUAGAAGCUGUCAUAGGCUAUGGACUACGUUCCAGAUGGAAAAUCAUUUGUAAAUGCUCUUUCCAGAAAAGAUCUUACAAUAGAACCUUCAGGAAUGGAGGUUGUUUGUAACUCUGAACAAAAUAUUUCAAAAGUUUACAACUAAACAUUGACUUGAUACAGCUUUGAAACUUUACUAUACAGAAGAAAAAUACUGCUUUCCUUUAUUUUUUUUUAGUAGUUUACACAUUUAACAUAGUACUGUACUUUUUUUUCACCUCUGUUUCUGCCUGAUUGUCUACUUCUGGUUCUAAAUGAGGUGUGUGGGUGACUGGUCAGCUCAUAACUGUGAGGUUCUACUGUAUUUGCAAAAUGUAGCUCACCAUCUAUGAAGUUUUUCAAAGCUUAUUUAUUAGUGCUACAAACUUCUAUACCUGAGUUAUUAAUUUGGUUAGUUCCAGACUCUGCCUUUGACAGUUCAUCUUUGAAAGAAAUUACAUAGUAAUUUUAAUUGAAUUUUUUAUGGCAGAGAAUGACCACUACAAUUACACGAAUGUUAAUUUGUGACUAUCCUGCCAAGUGAGAGAACAUGCUACAAUGUUUGUGUAUGACUUAAACUAAUACACUAAUUCCAUAUUGGAACUGCACUUAAACCAGUUUGUGCUUAAUACUGAAUGUAGUUCCUGUCAGCUAGAAAGCAGAUCACUUGUAUUUCAUAAAUGAGGAUUAUGUGAAUACAUAAUAAACACUUUCUCCAUAAAUAGGCCAGCACCCAGCCUAAAUUUGAGAUUUAGCUCAUUUUAAAGUAAAUUGCGAAGAGGAUAACUGUUUCCUGUUUUGACUGGCUUUGACUUGUUUAAUGACAUGACUUGGGUGGAUAUUUAUUCUUAACAUUUUUUGCUUAUACAGGACGAAAGUACAAGAUACAACUUCAAUAUAACAUGGGCAGGUGCCUCAUAAUAGGAAUAAACUUAUCCAACAAAAGGACACAACACUGUAUACAGAUUACUCUUGUAAACAGCUUGUGGAUGCAUCUGUACUGUUCCUUUUCCAAAACAACAAAGCUUUGUUAUUUGGGAAUUAAUAUGUGAUGGUAGCUUUUCUCUAGAAUGAGAGCACUGAACAUUUGUUGAGAGUACCAUGGGGCUGUUUUAACAAUUUACAUUUGGUUCUGCAGAAGAUGCUUGACUUGUUCAUUUAAAGUAUCUGUUCAUCUGGUAAUUUUUUCAUUUAUUAAAUUCUAAUGACAAAACUGAAACUUAUUC